GCAGUAUAAAUACCCCACCACUCGCCAUUCUUCCAUCUCCAAUUCCAUUUCCACAUCGCUAAUAAUUCUAGAGAGAGAGAGCAAUGUUCAACCGAAUACUGCAGGCACUGACUUGCCGCAACCGCCGGAAGAAAGACGAGAACCGCCGGCCGGAGACUCGCCAGAGAUCGAAGCAACAACAGAUCAAAGGAACGGUUGUUCUGGUGAAGAAAAACGUUCUAGAUUUCAACGAUUUCAGCGCUUCCGUUCUCGACACGCUUCACGAAUUCGUCGGCCGGAAAGUCUCUCUGCAGCUCAUCAGCUCCGUCCGAACCACCGCCGAUUCCGGAAACAAACUAAAAGGAAAAGUCGGAAAGACAACGCACUUAGAGAAUUGGAUUACAACACUCCCUUCUCUAACGCCGAGCGACUCGGCAUUCACCGUGAACUUCGAUUGGGACGAGGAGGAGGACGGAGUCCCGGGAGCGUUCAUCAUCAAGAACUUUCAUCACGCUGAAUUCUACCUCAAGACGCUCACCCUCGACAAUGUUCCGGGACACGGCCGUGUUCACUUUAUGUGCAACUCGUGGGUCUAUCCCGCCAACAAGUACAAAACGGAUCGUAUCUUCUUCACUAACCAAGCUUAUCUCCCGAGCGAAACGCCGGCCGCGCUCCUCCCCUACAGAGAGGAAGAGCUAAUGGCAUUGCGUGGAGACGGCACCGGCGAGCUCCAAGAAUGGGAUAGAGUUUACGACUACGCUUAUUACAACGACUUGGGGGAUCCCGACAAGGGCGAGGAUUACGCUCGCCCGGUUCUCGGUGGAUCCUCCGAGUAUCCCUACCCUCGUCGGGGAAGAACCGGACGUCCUCCGACAAAGACCGAUCCGACGACGGAGAGCCGGAUUCCGUUGCUCUUGGGGCUAAACAUACAUGUGCCGAGAGAUGAGCGGUACGGACACUUGAAGAUGUCGGAUUUCCUUGGCGACGGGAUAAAGUCGAUCGUUCAAUUUCUUGUUCCCGAGAUUAAGGACGUGUGUGAUCGUACGUGCAAUGAAUUCGACAGCUUCGAAGAUGUUUAUGGAUUGUACGAAGGCGGGAUCAAGCUCCCCGAUACUCCUCUCCUACGAAAUUUGUUCGAAAACAUUCCUUUCGAGCUAGUGAAGGAAGUCCUCCGGCGAGACGGUGACGAGGGUCUAUUCAAAUUCCCGAUGCCAAGAGUCAUCCAAGAGGAUAAGUCGGCAUGGAGGACGGAUGAAGAGUUCGCGCGGGAGAUGCUCGCCGGAGUCAAUCCCGUCGUCAUUAGCCGUCUCAAGGAGUUCCCGCCAAGAAGUAAGCUCGAUCCUAAAGCAUACGGCAACCAAAUGAGCACCAUUACGAUCGAUCAUCUCGGCAAACAAUUAGACGGGUUAACCGUCGAUGAGGCGGUGAGCGCUAACCGGCUUUUCAUCCUUGACCACCACGACACGACCAUGCCAUACCUGAGGCGAAUCAACACGACGACUCCCUCGAAGGUUUACGCCUCUAGAACAAUACUCUUCUUGCAAAACGAUUGGCGCUUGAAGGUCUUAGCGAUCGAGCUCAGCCUACCGCAUCCCAACGGAGACCAGCACGGCGCGGUCAGCAAAGUGUACACUCCUGCCGAUGACGACGUUGAGGGCUCUGUCUGGCAGCUGGCGAAAGCGUACGUCGCCGUGAACGAUUCGGGGAGGCAUCAACUCAUUAGCCACUGGCUGAAUACGCACGCAGCAAUGGAACCGUUCGUGAUCGCGACUAACCGGCAGCUCAGCGCGCUCCACCCGAUCCACAAGCUCCUUCAACCUCACUUUCGCGAUACGAUGAACAUCAACGCGUUCGGUCGUCAAGUCGUGAUCAAUGCCGGAGGGAUCCUCGAGACCACCGUCUUCCCGGUGAAGUAUUCGAUGGAGAUGUCUUCUGCCUUUUACAAGGACUGGAUUUUCCCUGAUCAAGCGCUCCCCGCCGAUCUACUCAAACGGGGGAUGGCGGUGGAGGACGCGAGCUCGCCGUAUGGCCUCCGGCUACUAAUCGAAGACUACCCCUACGCCGUCGACGGCCUGAAAGUUUGGUCAGCGAUAAAAGAAUGGGUCGACGGCUAUUGCAAAUUCUACUAUGCCUCCGACGAGGCUGUCCAAGGCGAUACCGAGCUGCAAUCAUGGUGGAAGGAGCUCCGCAAUGAGGGCCACGGCGACAAAUGGGACGAGCCGUGGUGGCCGGCCAUGCGGACGCGGGACGAGCUCGUAAGCUCAUGCACGAUCAUCAUAUGGACGGCGUCGGCUCUGCAUGCGGCGCUGAACUUCGGGCAGUACCCGUAUGGCGGGUACAUGCCGAACCGGCCGACAAUGAGCCGGCGCCUAAUGCCAGAGCCGGGGAGCCAGGAGUACGAGGAGCUCCGGGAUGAUCCGGAGCGGGUGGUGCUGAGGACGAUCACGGCGAAGAUGCCGACGCUGAUGGGUAUAGCGCUGAUCGAGCUGUUGUCGCGCCAUUCGUCAGACGAGGUGUAUCUCGGGCAGCGUGACACGCCGGAGUGGACCCGGGAUGAGAAGGUUCUAGAAGCUUUCGGAAAGUUCGGGAAGAGGCUGGAAGAGAUCGAGAAGGAGAUUGUAGAGAUGAAUGGAGAUGGAAGGUUGAAGAACAGAAUGGGGAGUGUGGAGAUACCUUAUACUUUGUUGUACCGGAGCAGUGGUCCCGGACUUACUGGUAAAGGGAUUCCCAAUAGCGUAUCUAUAUGAAAGAAUAAAUGUGAAAAGUAAAGAAAUUAACGUGUAAUAUACAAUAAAGGGAUAAUCUUAUCCUUAAAAUGACCUUGAGGUGUAAAGGUUGUAUUUAUCCCGUCUGUAUCGGAACUACUGUGAGU